GGCGCUGGCGCCGAGUUUCACUGCUUGGCCUGGAAUGGCCUCUCUUGGCUCGAGUGUGUUGUGGGCAUCUCGGGCGAUCUUCUUCUCUUGAGUGGAAGGAAGGCCAUGGGCGAGGAAGCAUUCCUAUUGGGAGAUGCGAUUAUCUACGACACUGACGUGAACGUGGCCAUUGUCUUCAAGGCUGGGGAGCCACUUCGCCUUCGUUUCCAAGACGAAUCUGGGGGAAAAGACUUUGCCGAUGGAGUUCGCAAAGCAACGAUGUUUAGGGAGGGUAUGUUUCAGUUGGCCGAGCUGGCAGUUGACAUGAAGCGAAAGUUGAAUUCUCGCAGCCAGAGUCGCACUUCGGUGGCAUUCUCGCGUUCUAACAGCCUGGCAAGGAUGGCAGCCAACGCCGUUUGCGUCGAUUCCGAGAAGUCUAAGGCUUGGGAUGAGGAAAUGCCGCAGAGGUGCGCACCGUCGUCGCUUCGCGUUCGUAACCAGCUAGCGGUCCCAACGAGCGUCCCCAUGUAUGCUCUGACCCCGACGCAUUCAUCAGGAGACCUGCUGGCUGGAAAAGAUGGGAACCUUUCGCGUCAGGUGAGCUCCAGCACCCGUGACGAGACUCCUCCAAAAGCCAAGCCGGUCGUUCCGCGCUUGCAGCUCAAUCAGGUGAUGCGUGCCCAGAGCUGCCCCAUCACUCCGAAGAAAGAAGAUCUGAAGGAGCCGCCCCAGCGACUUGCUCGCCGCAACUCCUCUCCACAGGCGGCGGAGCAGCACUUCUCGCCCCGCGAUCCUGAAAGCUUUGCCUCGAAGGUCCUUAUUGGACUCGGCCUCACACCAGCCAAGGCCUCAGUGCAGGCGACUACCCGUGUGCAGGCGAUCAUGUCCAGGUUCGAGUCCAAGAAGAAGGAGCAAGGAGGCUCCGACUCUGCUUCCUCCUCUUCGUCGCCCACCGACGCGGCGACCGCUUGA